CGGCGGUGGGAGCGGGCUGCGCCGCGGUGUGAUGCCCCGGGCGACUGCGCUGAAGUUGGCACCGAAAUAAUAAAGCAACCCCCGGGUGGACGUAGAGAUGCAGAAGAGCGUGCGGUACAACGAGGGCCACGCUCUGUACCUGUCGGUGGUCGCGCGCAAGGAGGGCACCAGGCGCGGCUUCCUGAGCAAGAAGACCACGGAGAACAGCCGCUGGACCGAGAAGUACUUCGCCCUCUACCAGAACGUGCUCUUCUACUUCGAGAACGACCAGAGCACGAGGCCCUCCGGGAUCUACCUGCUGGAGGGGUGCACGUGCGAGCGGGCCCCGGCGCCCAAGGUGUCCGCCGUCAGCAAGGAGCCCGUGGAGAAACAGCAGCACUACUUCCUGGUCGUCUUCGGCCACGACGGACAGAAGCCUUUGGAGCUGCGGACGGAGGAAGAGUCGGACUGCAACGAGUGGGUGGAGUGCAUCCAGCAGGCCAGCUACUCCGACAUCAUCGUCGAGCGUGAGAUCCUGAUGCAGAAGUACAUUCACCUGGUCCAGAUCAUGGAGACCGAGAAGAUCGCGGCCAAUCAGCUCCGCACUCAGCUGGAGGACCAGGACACUGAGAUUGAGAGGCUUAAAGCCGAGAUUGUGGUGUUGAACAAAGCCAAGGAAAGGAUGCAGCCCUACCAGAUCAACCUGGAGGAGGAAGACCCGGAUAUUAAGAAGAUCAAAAAGGUGCAGAGCUUCAUGCGUGGCUGGCUGUGCCGGAGGAAGUGGAAGAUCAUUGUUCAGGACUACAUCUGUUCCCCUCACGCUGAGAGCAUGAGGAAGAGGAACCAGAUUGUCUUCAACAUGGUGGAAGCGGAGACCGAGUACGUCCAUCAGCUGUCCAUCCUGGUGAACUGUUUCCUCAGGCCGCUCCGCAUGGCUGCCAGCUCCAAGAAGCCCCCCAUCAGCCACGACGACGUCAGCAGCAUCUUCCUCAACAGCGAGACCAUCAUGUUUCUGCACGAGAUCUUCCACCAAGGUCUAAAGGCCCGGAUCGCCAACUGGCCCACGCUAGUUCUGGCCGACCUGUUUGACAUCCUGCUGCCCAUGCUGAACAUUUACCAGGAGUUUGUGCGUAACCACCAGUACAGUCUGCAGGUGCUGGCAAACUGUAAGCAGAACAGAGACUUCGACAAGCUGCUGAAACAGUACGAGUCCAACGCCGCUUGCGAGGGCCGGAUGUUGGAGACCUUCCUCACUUAUCCCAUGUUCCAGAUUCCACGGUACAUCAUCACCCUCCACGAGCUGCUGGCGCACACGCCUCACGAGCACGUGGAGCGCAAGAGCCUGGAGUUCGCUAAAUCCAAGCUGGAGGAGCUGUCCAAGAUGAUGCACGACGAAGUGAGCGACACGGAGAACAUCAGGAAGAACCUGGCGAUAGAGAGGAUGAUUGUAGAGGGCUGCGACAUCCUGUUAGACACAAGUCAGACCUUCGUGAGACAAGGCUCUCUCAUCCAGUUGCCGUCCAGCAGUGAGCGGGGCAUGCUCAGUAAGGUCCGCCUGGGCUCCCUCUCGCUGAGGAAGGAGGGAGAGAGGCAGUGCUUUCUCUUCACCAAACACUUCCUCAUCUGUACCCGAACAUCGGGAGGAAAGCUUCACUUGCUCAAGCAAGGAGGGACGUUGUCUCUGAUAGAGUGCACUCUCAUUGAAGAACUAGAUGCCAGUGACGAGGACUACAACGCAGCAGGUCAGGGCUUCAGCCACCUGGAGUUUAAGGUGGUGGUGGAGUCUCCCGACGGUCAGUCCUUCUCCGUCGUCCUCUUGGCUCCCUCUCGCCAAGAAAAGGCCGCGUGGACCAGCGACAUCAGCCAGUGCAUCGAUAACAUCCGAUGUAACGGCCUGAUGACCAGCGUGUUUGAGGAGAACUCCAAAGUCUCUGUGCCGCACAUGAUCAAGUCCGAUGCCCGACUGCAUAAAGACGACGUCGACAUCUGCUUCAGCAAGACGCUCAACUCCUGCAAGGUCCCGCAGAUCCGAUAUGCCAGCGUGGAGCGCCUGCUGGAACGGCUGACGGACCUGCGCUUCCUCUCCAUUGACUUCCUCAACACCUUCCUCCACACCUACAGGAUCUUCACCACAGCGGCCGUGGUCAUUGACAAGCUGGCUGACAUCUACAAGAAACCGUUUACUUCCAUACCCGUCAGGAUCGAGCAACUUUCAUGUGAUCGUCUGUCCAUCAUGUCCCUCUGUCCUGACUACAGUCUGAAGAUCACGCAGCUUGCGCUGGAUCAGUCCAAGUCUCUGGAGCUCUUCUUCGCGACCAACCAGGGCACCUGGGGAACGGACCCCUUGAACAACAAGUCCCCGAGGCUCUGCCGCAAGUUUUCCUCCCCCCCUCCCCUCUCCAUCCCCUCUCGCACGUCCUCCCCCGUCCACUGCCGCAAGCUCUCCCUCAGUUCCCCGAUCAGUGUGAAAGCGGGAGCCUUGGACCUGUCCACUACCCCCUCCUCCUCUGCGGCCAACUCCCCCACCUCCAGUCACAGCCCCUCCAUCUCCUCUCCUCCUCCCGGCUCAACCAGGCCCCCCUCCGGCUUUUCCUCCCCUCCGCCCACCGCCACGCGCUCCCCCAGCCUCCCACAGGCCUCUGGGGUGUCCUCGCCGCCCCCCAUCACCACCAAGGCCCCGCUGGACCUCAGCCGCGGUCCCAGCUCCCCGGAGCUGAGCCCGGCUGCAGGGGAGGACGUCAGCGGAGAGCUGCCUCGCAUCGACGCCUUCUGUGGGAAGCUGAGGCGAAGCAUCCGCAGGGCUGUCCUGGAGUCAGUAUCUCUGGACAAGUUUAUUCCCGAGUCGCCCGCCAGCAGCGAGCCGGGCGACAUGUCUCCCUGCCGCUCCCCCUCGACGCCGAGGCAUCUCCGCUACCGACAGACAGGAGUCACAUCGGGGGAGAACUCUCGCUGUACGAUGUCGCCGGCCUCGGCGUUUGCGAUCGCCACUGCUGCUGCCGGGCAUAGCAGCUCCCAGGGUUUUAGUACAUCUGAGAAAGCCUGCGACAAAGAAUUCAUCAUUCGCAGGGCUGCUACCAACAGAGUCCUCAAUGUGCUGCGACACUGGGUCUCCAAGCACUCCCAGGACUUCGACAUGAACAGCGAACUGAAGGUGGGGGUGAUUAGUCUCUUGGAAGAGGUGCUGCGGGAUCCAGACCUGCUGCCGCAAGAGAGGAAAGCAACAGCAAACAUCUUAAGUGCCCUUUCUCAAGAGGAACAGGACGACGCUCAGCUGAAGAUAGAGGACAUAUUGCAAAUGGCGGAGAGUCCCAAGGCCGAGUGUUUUGAGUCUCUCUCAGCGAUGGAGCUGGCAGAACAGAUCACACUACUGGAUCACAUCGUGUUCAGGAGCAUUCCCUACGAGGAGUUCCUCGGUCAGGGCUGGAUGAAGGUCGACAAAACCGAGAGGACUCCGUACAUCAUGAAGACCAGCCAGCACUUCAACGAUAUGAGCAACCUGGUGGCGUCUCAGAUAAUGACCCACACUGACGUGGGCUCCAGGGCCAGCUCCAUAGAAAAAUGGCUGGCAGUGGCCGAUAUCUGUCGCUGCCUCAACAACUACAACGGAGUGCUGGAGAUCACCUCCGCUCUCAACCGUAGUGCCAUCUACAGGCUGAAGAAGACCUGGGCCAAAGUCUGCAAACAGACAAAGGCACUAAUGGACAGGCUGCAGAAGACGGUGUCCUCAGAGGGGAGGUUCAAGAACCUGAGAGAGACCCUGAAAAACUGUAACCCUCCAUGUGUGCCGUACCUGGGCAUGUACCUCACUGACCUGGCGUUCAUUGAGGAAGGAACGCCCAACUUCACCGAGGAGGGCCUGGUUAACUUCUCCAAGAUGAGGAUGAUUUCUCACAUCAUCCGGGAGAUUCGUCAGUUCCAGCAAGCACCAUACAGGAUAGAGCAUCAAGCCAAGGUGACUCAGUUCCUCCUGGAUAAGACACUAGUGAUGGAUGAAGAUACCCUCUAUGAGCUGUCACUGAAGAUUGAACCCCGAGUCCCACCUGGCUAAUUCAACUCAAUUUCAUACACAAACGAAUACACACAAACAUGAUAUUUUAACACACAUUUAAAGUCCAAACACAGGCAAACAAGGAACCGAGGCAACUUGAAAUUCAUUCUUAGUAAAGCAGGGGUCGUUACAUGAACCGCCACAAGGAAACUCAGGAGAAAAUGUGCCUUGUUGUAUGAGUAUCUGAUGUGUAUAUUUAGUGGACAGACUGGACUGUGUAACGUACACAGCUCUUUGCCAUACCAUUGUACAGUUAUGACUGUAGAAACAACCAUGUUAGCUUCUGAACAUGGCGCUAGAAAGUAACCGGUUGCUGCUAUCACACUGUAAAUACCAAACAAUCUGCCUCUGUAGUCUCACACUUAACCAUUGUCAGGUGAGUUUUGUAUUAUUUCUAUGAACAUGGCCAGGUUAAGGUGCUUGGGGGACAAAGACGAACCUCUGAGCCCCUAUCACCCCCUCUGUGGACUGUGUACAGUAUCCGUAUGCUGGACUAUUACAAGGCCCCAGGUUUGCUGUGUGGUAACUUCCAACUCACUUAACAAAGAUGCUUUAUCUAAGCACAGCAUUGAAAGUUGCUCACAGGUUGCAUAGGCGGACAAAAUAUCUCCUGCUUCCAGGUUUUUCAGGCCACAGAACCAGCACGAACCAGUAGAACAGUAAUGACAGAUUACUGUUGGCCGACUGUCGUUUUAAUAUUCUAUCCUGUGUUCCUCAAGAACCGCUCAUCCAAAAACCUUCACAGUCCACGCUGCACUUCCUUGUGCCCUCAACAAUACGCACGUGAGGCUGGAAGUCGAUCGGACGAGCGAAGGACAGAUGGACAUUUGUAGUUGGAUGUCUGCCCACUCACUGGUGGCAUCUGAACACAUACUGUCUCAGUGUUGGGUUUACAGCAUCUCUUGCUGCCCCCAGGUGGCCACAGAACCAUAGCCUGCUGCUUUAACAUACUGUACACUGGGCUUUAUGCUCGUCUGAGCUGUGAUGAUACAAAACAUCAGCUCGGAGUGUUUGUGAUACUCUGGGGAAAAGGGAAAAAAAAAAUUACCAUAUUGGCCCAAAUAUAGGACAGGCCUGAUUAUAAGAUGACUUGAAGAGUUGACUCCUGUAAGACCGACAGACUGACAGUUAGCGUCUUUCAGUCUGUUUGUUUUUUGUUUUUGUUUUUUUUGUUUGUUUUUUAGCUCAUCAUCUGUGACAGACAUGGUUCUUGGCUGUAUGACAGACUUUGUCCCUGGUUUAUUUCCGCAGUAAAGACGUGUCACGACCUUAUUUCCUCCCUAGCAGAGGGACACGUUACACCACCUUUCGGGAACUCCUGCAGGUUUGACCGGACUAACGGAACACUUUAAUGGCUGACUGGCUACAAAACAACCCGUAAUGCAACACCGCCUGUAGAGCACAGUGGUAUCCUCUCCAUCCAAAAAGAAUAUCUGAUGUUGUGACCACGUAAUUGUCCAGUCUUUGAAUAUAACACAGCCCCCGUUUUUUUUUUCAAACCUAAUAUCGCCUUGUGUUCGGGCCAAUACAAUAAAUUUUUUACUAGGAGAUCAAGAAAAAAUCUCUCUGAGCCAGAGGGUGUUGUAUCUUUUACAAUUUCAAAUGUUGCCCCCACGCCAAAAUAUGCCCCACAGCUGAGCUUUAAGAACAGCGUAAGCGGAAAUAGUGACGGUCUUAGAACUAGAGUUUUGACCCUAAGACCUCUUUUAACACAGGGGUUUUGACUGGGUCCCUGGGUGAGUCGGCCGGUUGGUAGCUCCGGCCUUUUGUGUGAAACAUUUGUGUGUGUAGAGACACGCUGGGUUUCCUAAACAGCUUGCGUACAGUCCAAAUAUUUAACCUACCUUAAUGCUUACUGACUCGUCUGUCUGUUGGUGAUGUUGAUGCUCGCGGUCACGGGAGACGCCGGCUCGGGCUUCACGUCAACAUUUUUAUAUCUUUAGCCGCCUGUUAACACAAAAGGUUCUAUGUUGUUGCAGUUGCUAUUCUGUCACAUUUGCAUGUUGCAGCAAAAAUCUCUGUAGAUUACAAACAUUCCAAAUCUGAAAAUAUGCUUGUCACGAUUAUAAGAUAUCGUUGCGUAUCUUGACAAUCAGAAACGUGUCUGCUACAAACCAUGUCUUUUCAGUUUUGUAAUAUUAGUCCUUUUGUACACAAAAGUUCGUGUCUGCUCUUUUUUUUUUUUUUUUAAAGAAUUGGCCCAAAAGACUAAGUUCAGUUUCUUUUCCAUGUAUGGCCAUAAUGAUUAGUUCCUUGUCGAUGUGAUCAUUUAAUCAUAUUCAUAUUUUAAACCUGAAUUAGUAAAAUCGUGAUAUCCUUGCACUCUUGAUUUGUGAAGAAAGUCAAUAGACUCUAAACUUGUUUAUAGCAUGAAUAUAGCAUGAUCUCCCCUCUUUCCUCCAGAUCACUGUCAUCCCGGUAGCCGACUGUUACUGACUUUUAUUGGCUUUAUUUAUUUGGACCCGUUCCUGGUGUCAGGAACCUUGUACUGUGUAAUGCAUUAGUGUAUGAGACCCUUGCUUUCUGACACUGUU